GCCCUGCCUACCCGGUCCCUCCUUCUGUGCCAAGAGGCAGGAAAAGCAUCUCGGUUGCGACUUCAAAUGCCUAUUAAAACAAAAGGAACAAAAAAGAAGGCUGCUCGGUGGUGCCUAAAAGCAAAGUUCUAGAAGACUGCAGUGUGGUGGGCUGGCUGCCCUAAACUCUUUCCUCGGUCGCACCAUUAUUUUAUGUCAAAAGCGGGAAGACAAAGGCGGGGUUGAUGUUUUGUGUGGCACCCGUUGGAACAGGACCCAUCAUGAACGUCACAAAAGGUGGUCUGGUCCUGUUCUCAGCCAACUCCAACCCGUCCUGCAUGGAGCUCUCGAAGCGGAUUGCUGAGCGUCUGGGUGUGGAAAUGGGCAAAGUUCAGGUGUACCAGGAGGCAAACAGAGAAACCAGGGUGCAGAUUCAGGAGUCGGUGAGAGGCAAAGAUGUUUUCAUUAUCCAGACUGUUUCAAAGGAUGUGAACACAACCAUCAUGGAGCUCCUGAUCAUGGUGUAUGCCUGCAAAACGUCCUGUGCCAAAAGCAUUAUCGGUGUGGUCCCCUACUUCCCCUACAGCAAGCAGUGCAAGAUGCGGAAACGGGGCUCCAUUGUCUCAAAGCUUCUGGCUUCAAUGAUGUGCAAGGCAGGGUUGACCCACCUGAUCACCAUGGACUUGCACCAGAAGGAAAUCCAGGGCUUCUUCAAUGUCCCGGUUGACAACCUGAGAGCAUCGCCGUUUUUGCUGCAGUACAUUCAGGAGGAGAUUCCAGACUACAGGAAUGCUGUGAUUGUGGCCAAAUCUCCUGCAUCGGCGAAGAGGGCGCAAUCGUUUGCCGAACGGCUGAGGCUGGGCAUCGCCGUGAUCCAUGGAGAGGCUCAAGACGCUGAGUCCGACCUGGUGGAUGGACGCCAUUCCCCGCCGACCGCCAAAAGCGUUGCUGCCAUUCACCCCAGCUUAGAGAUACCCAUGCUGAUUCCAAAAGAGAAGCCGCCCAUCACCGUGGUCGGAGACGUUGGGGGAAGAAUAGCCAUCAUCGUGGAUGACAUCAUUGACGACGUGGACAGCUUCCUUGCGGCUGCAGAGACCCUCAAGGAGAGAGGCGCCUAUAAGAUUUUUGUCAUGGCCACCCACGGCCUCCUCUCCUCCGACGCCCCCCGGUUGAUAGAGGAGUCUGCGAUCGACGAGGUCGUGGUCACAAACACCAUUCCUCAUGAGAUUCAAAAACUGCAGUGCCCCAAAAUUAAGACGGUGGACAUCAGCAUGAUCCUCUCGGAGGCCAUCCGCAGAAUCCAUAACGGGGAAUCCAUGUCGUACCUUUUCAGAAAUAUAGGACUGGAUGACUGAUGGCUUCUUGGGGAGGCUUGAAGGGGGAAAAAAAAUUAUUUUCAGGGGCCAAACUGGACACGGACAGAAACCCAGCUGUGAAACUUUGUGGCUUAAACUUUGUAUUUCAGCGGAACCCAUUUUUGAUUAGAUUGCUUCCCCCCACGUUCCCUUCUUUCCAAUGGUUUAAAUUUAGUAGAUAAAACUCUCA